AUGGGCCAUAAAACAUGGGAUGUAUGGGUGGAGGAUUUUGAGAUUGCCAAAGAUUUCCUGUAUGACUCACGAUUUGCAUCCAGGAGGAUUUUCAGUUUGUUCGGUGAAAUGAGAUACGAACGAGGAAUCUUUCUCUGCCCGGGUGACGAAGCCAAAUCAAAGCGCAAGUUCUUCCUAAAUGCACUUCGACUGUUGGGAGUCGGGAAGUCGCUUUUCUCGCUCGGCAUUCAAGAAGAAACCGAAUCUCUGCUACUCCAUUUGGAGAAGUUUGUGAACACCAAUCUGAACAUUUCGGCUGCUAUGGCAUACACAACCAACAACAUCAUAUCCAAACUUUUAUUCAACACCUCUUACAGCUUUGAUGACAAAUCAUACAAAAUUAUCCACCAAAAACUGAUGCGAAAGUUCGAAUUGCUUAAUCCUACACUUCCUAUUUGGGUUUUGCCUUUCUUAAUCAGCAAACGAAUGUCUCAAACCAAAGAACUCAUGCGUUUACGAGUAGAAUUCCUGCAAUUCCUUCAAGAAAAUUUUAAUACACGAAGACCAAAAGACGAUGAGAAUCGUGAACAUGAAUGCUUUUCGGACUUUAUCUGGGAAGCUUUAUUGAAAGAAUCGGGAAAACUUGAUGCGUUUCCAGAAGAAGAUAUCCCGUUUAUGCUCGCUGAUCUGUUCAUGGCGGGUUUGGAAACUACAAUGACGACACUAGCUUGGGCGAUGCUCAAUAUGAUUCACAGACCCGACUUUCAAGAGAAAGUUUACGAGGAGCUAAGACGAGAGUUCCCCGAGCGAGAGGAAAUCAUUCCGGUGAGUGGCGUGCAGUCGUGUCACUUCACAAUGGCGACUAUAAACGAGGUUCAGCGCUUCACCCCGACUGUAUUCUCGACCGCCGACCACACCUCAAAUGUUGACGUUGAGAACUUCCACGGGUUCAAAAUACCGAAAGGAACUCGUAUGUUUCCGAACAGCGUUGCUAUCAACCGAGAUCCAAAAUUCUGGAAAUUUCCGACUGAGUUCAAUCCGGAAAACUUCUUGGACCCCGAUGGUUGUUUUGUGAAGAGCCAAUACUUGAUGCCAUUCGGGGUGGGGUUGAGGGCGUGUCCAGGCGAGGCAGUUGCUAAGUUGGAAAUGCACUUAGUGUUUGCAAAUGUUUUGAGGAGAUUCAAAAUUUGCCCGGCAGAUGCGCUGCCCCCUCUCAUUCCUAAAGUAUCAUUGGUAUCGAAUGCUCCCUAUUAUGAAGUGCGCCUGGAGAAACGAGAAAAAUGA